CAGCUUCCGCUCCACCCCGCCCACUCGCGACGCCGGCGAUGCCGGAGCCCAGCGUCAUGGUGGACCAAGCGGUUCCCGCGGAGCGUGGAGAAGGUCCCGCAGGUCAGAUGUGCUUGGAGGUCAAAGCACCGGGGAAGGAAGAGCACUGCCCGAAUGCAAGCCCGAAGAUCAUGCAGGCAGCACUCAGAAGCAGUGUUGAACAGCGUGAACGUGAGAUCUCCUUGACAGACUCGGGGCCACCAGUGGACACGAGCCUCACCUUGUCCAAGUUAUCGGACUGCACCGUGGCCGAUCUCCACGAUUUGGUGGUGGAGUCCAUCGGCCAGGACAUCGAGCAAGUCACUGGAGAGCCGGGUGAUGUUGCCUUAGACGAGCGACUGGCAUAUGGAAAUGCGGCGUUGACCUUCCAGGAUGUGAGCUUUCGGAUGAAGGACCCACAAAAUCAAGAGGAGAAGAUCAUUUUGGCACCUUGUUCUGGACACUUCGAGCCCGGGACUUUGGUCGCUUUAAUGGGUCCAAGUGGCAGUGGGAAGACCACCUUGCUGGACAUCUUAGCGGACAAGAAGACGUCCCCUUAUGAAGGCAAAGUCCAUAUGAACGGGCGACCGCGGGACUGCCUCUUCCCACGCCUCACGAGCUAUGUGCCCCAGGAUGACAUCAUGUUCCCCAACGUGACGGUGAAGGAGCAGGUGAUGUUCCACACGGUCUUGAAGACCGAAGUGCCCUAUGCCGUGUCAAAGGCUAUGAUCUCCAAGGCCACGGAGCUUCGCUUGCGCGCUGUCGGGCUGGAAGGGGUCCAGCACGAGUACAUUGGCAGCGACACCAACCGCGGGAUUUCAGGCGGCCAGCGAAGGCGCGUGAGCCUCGCCUGCGGCUUGGCCACGGGCGCGCAGAUCUUCUUCUGCGACGAGCCAACCAGCGGGUUGAGUGCUACCGACGCCGAGCAAUGUGUGCGCUACAUGCGUUUGCUAUGCAAGAAGUACAACGUCACCAUCAUUUUGGCGAUUCAUCAGCCGCGACAGGAGGUGGCCGUUCUCUUUGAUCACUUGCUCCUGCUCACCGCCAAUCCUGGGGACUUGGUCUACAACGGCCGCAUGAGAGAUGCCGCAGAGUAUUGGAGCAAUGCUGGCUUUCCAGUGCCCACCUUGGUCUCGCCCACGGACUACUUCCUGGAUUUGGUGACCCCUGGCGGCGAGGACUCGCAAGCGCAGCACUUCCUGGAUUACUUCAGUAGAACGGCCAAGCCGGAGAUCGAGAGUCAAGUCAACGUGGAGCUGAAUUAUGAGAGGCCGACCUCAUGGCAGCUACUCAAUGAUCGACGAGAGAUCCUCACCAGGUAUGGAGACAUGCCUCCACUCCGAAAGAGCGUCUAUGGCGUCCGCUUCCGGACCCAACUUCUCAAAGUCUUUUGCCGGCAGCUCCGGCUACUGGUUCGGGAUCAACAAGGUCUUAUCACUGACAUCUUGGUGGCCAUUGUGCAAGGCUUACUGGUGGGGAGUGCUAACAUUGGCAUCGGCAACUUCAGCGGCUACAACCAGGCGGGUUUCUUCUUCAUGCUCAUCAUGACUUGCGCACUGAGUGGCAUCAAGGUCAUGCCCAAGGCACUCAGCGAGCGAACGGUGAUGAAGAUGGAAGUUUCAGAGGUUCUCUACAACGACUGGGCCUACAUCCUGUCCUUCACCUUUCUGAAUGGCAUCGUCUCGGUCCUGUCCAAUUCGAUUUUUGUCCUGGUGGUCUUCAUCCUCAGCAAGCUCCAGUGGGAGGUCUUCCCAGCCGUUUUGCUGUGGAACAGUGUGAUUUUUGUGGCCAUGGACAGCCUUUACGGCAUGGUUGCUGCGAUGGCCAAGGAUGCCAGCAGUGCGCAGAUUAUUUUGACGCCCUUCCUCACCUUGGCCAUGCUCUUCAACGGCUUUACCGUCUCAAGGAAGUCGGUGCCAGCCUUUAUGCUUUGGGCCUUGGAGAUGUCUCCGGUGUCGCACACGCUGGAGGAAUUGACCUAUAGCAUCCAACGCACGACUGAUAGCAUGGAGCUCCAGAUCGUCAUUGACCAAUUCGGUUAUGAGAGCUCGAUCAAGGGCGCGAUCAUCGCGGCUGCUUCGUGGUUUUUCGUUUGCCGUUUGGUGCAGGUGAUUUGCCUGAAGAAAAUGCACAAUAUCGAGCGUUGAGAUGGCCACUUGGACGACCAAAAGUGUCGGUGAGUCGGAGUGUCCCAGGUGUCGCUACCUACUCUCUCUCUCUCUCUCUGUCUCUCUCUCUCUCUCUCGGUCGGGA